AUUCGUGCGUUUUUGUUUGUACGUCAAGCAUUGAUAUUGAUAAUUUGAUAAUAAUUCUGCUGUCAAUUCAAUGACGCGAAGUUAAAUUGUGUGUUUAAUUUUAUUAAAUUGGACUUUUCAACACAAUCAACAAAGUACAUUUACGUAGCUUAAGAAAAUCAUUUAGUAUCCGAACUACGACAUUUAUAAAAAUAUUAAAUUAAUGAACGUGGAACAAAAUGGAAGGCAAAAAAAUAUCCUUUGGAUUUUUUAAAAGCAAAAAGGUUGAUAAACCUUUGAUUCCAGUUGUAAAUGAAGAAAAGAGAGAAUAUAUAGAAUGUGUAGAAGAGAAAUCUAUCAAAGUUGUUGGGGGUGAAAUCGAAACAGUUAACGAGCCGUUAGUGAUACCCAUGAAACCAAACACACUAAUUACUGCAGAGAGGUUACAACAGAUUGCUGAAAAAGUUGAGAAAGCGAUAGAAGAACCAGAAAUCAAAGAAGAGGUGGUUGUAAAGGUUGAAAAGACUGAUGAUAAUGAGACCCUCGAUCAAAUGGCUGUUAGGGAGUUGAUGCAAGAAGCUAAAGGUCAUAUUAAAGUGGAAACGCCGGAGAGUCUUGCUAUUCCAACACCUGCAAAGCCUGUUAUGUCUGGAGAGAAAGAGUCCACCUUGGAUGAUUAUGAUGCUGUACCUAUUCAACAAUUUGGAAUGGCUAUGCUCCGAGGCAUGGGGUGGACACCAGGCAAAGACGGAUCUAAAUUCAAGCAGCCUGAACUCCGUCCAAAGGGUUUGGGAUUGGGAGCUGACAAAGUUAUCAAAAAGUAUCAGAAGAAACAAUCUAAAGACAAUAAGGAAGAAGAAUUAGCUAUACUGAAGAACUCCUUUGUGAAAAUAACAUCAGGGAAGUUCAGUGGUUAUUAUGGAAAGGUUGUAAGCUUAGAUGAAGAUAAUGGUCGUGUCAUGGUAGAAAUACCUGUGAAGAAGGAAUCCGUCAGCCUCAGUGAAUUUAUGAUGCAUGCAGUCACAAAAGCGGAAUAUGAUAAGGAAUCCAAAGUCAUAAACGCAGAUUCAUACGAAGCAUAUAAAAAGCAAGAUAGAAACCCUCAAAAGUCCUCAAAACAAGAAGAAAGGAGUUCGUCAAGUCAAAGAAGUAAUGAAAUCAAUACAAAAGAUGAAAGGUCAAGAAGUAAUGACGAUUACAGAAAGCAAAGAGACGAUAGAUCAUCAAAUGGAAGGAGCGUAGACAAAGUAAGAAGUAGAAGAAACUCCUCAAGCAGUGAGGAAAGGUCAAGUCGGAAAAAGAAAAAAGACAAAAAGAGGUACAGUAGCAACGAUUCCCUCAGCUCUCUUUCUGAUGACGAUAGGAGUCGAAGGAAACAUAAAUCGAAGAGUAGGAGACGCCACAGUAGUUCAGAUGACUCCCGAAAGAAAAGCCCAGAAGGUAAAAGAGAUAUUGAUAAAAAACGUAAAGGAAAGAAGAAGAAGAGAGAUAGAGAUCGUUCCCCAAAUUAUAAAAAGCAUAGAAAGUAAGCAUCAAGUGUAAAUAAAACUAAUUUUAAUUA